AUGAAGAAAAUUCGUUCCCUCGUGCUCGUUCGGCCUCGCGUUUUUGCCAUAAAGCUGCGGCACGGGUACGGGGACGACACCCCGUGGACAGAUCGGCGAUUCGAGACGGAAAUUUUUGGCGCCAGCGUUCCUGCCAGCGAUGGAGGGCUAUUCUGGGAUGUGAGGUCUCUAUUUGGGCCGCUCCCGAGGUGCGGAGCCAAGUCGGCAGCGGCACGGCUAGGACACAAAUGGACGGGCACGUGGUUCCCUGAGAGAUGGAGCGUCGAGUUAUUUGGCUCAUCUCACAAUCGAGAUUCUCGGCAUCGUAGACCGGGGACGGCUUGCACCUUUGUCACCAUAACCGUCCGCCACAACCAAGCAUCCGCAAUGCCAGAAUUUACACAAAUGGCAGAGCGUGCUCUUGCUGAUGAUGGCUUCCUGGAACUAGACGCCCCGGGAAUAGGACGCUCUAUACUAGAGUUGGAGCGGCGGCGCUUCCCUUUGGCAUCUGAGCAUGGCCUGGACUUCAUCCGGCAACAUAUCCUUGACGAUGAGUGCAUCACAUCCAUCAUCGAUUCUGUCUUUCCUGAUGGAUGUGUGAUCGGGCAUUUCUUGAGAUAUCAAGCGUAUCCUGGCAAGGCUGUGAGUUUGUGGCGGAGGCGUGGUUCUGAAGAUAAGCGGCACGCUCUCGUGGUGCAUUUCUUGCCCAUGGGAUCUCAGGUCAACUACAUACGAGGAUCGCAUCUCCUCGAAUUGUCUUUUUUGAAGAGCGGGAGCCGAUCGCUGUGGGAGGCACCUGCGCCAGAAUUAUUGGCAGAAACAGGGUACAACAGCGACAUCCGCUGA